AUUUUCUUUUAUCAGUAGGCUAAAGGAGGGCAGGGUUUCCUAGGAAAAAAGAAGAAGGGAUAUCUCACAGAGAGGGAGAUGGAGUAAAGGCAGGAGGAGAAACUGACCGUCGACCUUCAGUUUAAGAACGAGUUCAAGGGUAAUUUCUUCCGUUCGCCAGAUAUAGAGAGAUAUAUAUAUAUGAGGAGUGGAGAUUCCGAUCGAGGAGAGAACGAGGGAUUGAGCAGAUGUAGAGGAGUUCUUACCCAUCCUUAUUAGUCACCAGAAAGUGAGUGAAGGAGAAGGCGAGAUCGAGGAACUAAUCGGUGCUCAUUUUGCUAAAAUCGGAGGCGCAAUUUGUGGUGAUUAGAAGACGCUGAGAAAUCGAAACUCCUAAGUAUCUAUUAUCGCUCAUGAAGAACAUGGUACAAUGCUCCAGUUCCAGAUCUUGUUGACAACGUUUUGUUCCGGAUUUUACCAGAGUCUCUCGACUGAGCAGAAGAGGGAGCUCCAGUGUUGGAGGUUUCUUCACCUCCGAACUAACAAGCAAUCAAUUGGGAACUAUUUUGGUUUUAAAGUCAGGCCCUAGUUGUGCUAUCUUGUGUUUUCUAUGGAAUCAGUCAUCUUUGAGAAUCUUUAGUUAGAUUAAGACUUUCAUGGCAGGUAAUGAUUUGCCGUCCUUGGGACGUGUAAAAUUGACUGAUUUAAUAGCUUCUGAAGGACUUCCAUCGGAUUCCUAUAAGCUAUCUGUGUCAACUUUAUCACAGUCAUUGGCUCAAUAUUCGGCUGCUAUAAUUCAAUUACCACCUGCUGAUGCUGCUAUUUUGCGGUCCUGUCUGGAAUCUUCGAGACUCUACUUCCAUCAAAGGCCACAUUACCCAUCUGCUGAUAUGAUCCAUAAUGAUUCUCGUGAAUGGUGCAAAACAUCUGGAUAUAAUGCAGAUCCACAACUCUGGCAAGAGAAUUAUGAUUUUAGACCAGGAUUAACACCCACAGAGUUGAACAGUGCAAUAGAACUUCCUCCUGCUGGUAUGUCUGAUGCUUUCUCUGUCCUAGGAAAAGCUUCAAGAGAUAUACUUGAUGCUAUAAGCUUCUAUUUGAAUUUGCGUAGCUCACCAUUCAUGGAGAUUCUUGAUAAUGUUCCUUUGCGAAACCGAGAAGUAUCAUCAUCAGUUCUUUCUGUCUGCUGUCAUGCAAGGCCAUCGUUUCAAGCCGGUCAACAUCAUAAUUUGACAACUCAAGAAGAUGGGCAACUGGUCAUGUUUGCUGAGCAUGAACAUCAUCAAGUUGAUAAAUGCCUCGUAACGCUUGUAAAGUCAGAUAAGGCAGGUUUACAUAUUAGAGACUUCAAUGACCAGUGGGUUCUUGUCGAUGGUGACCUUGGUCCACAAGAAGCUAUUGUUUAUCCGGGACUUGCUUUAUACCAGGCAACAGCGGGUUAUGUUAGCCCGGCAUUACAACGGAUUGAUAAUGGUAGUCUUCAAGGAAGCAUGUUUGGACGAUGUUCCUUGGUUUUCAAGCUUAUGCCAAAAUCAAUGGCCAGUCUUAAUUGUUCUGAAAUGAGAGCAGCUGGUCAUGGUGUUGAAGCUCAGUUUCAGCAUCCUAUACUAGUUGAUGACUUCAUGCAGAGGUCACACCCCACUGAUCAACUGUUUCAUAGACAUAAUUUCCCCAAUCUCAGUUUUACCACUCCUCAAGAUGGUUCUUGGAUGGAUGAAAUGCUGAUUGAUACAGGACCAAUGAAGACAUUGUUACGUCGGAAGAAGCAAAAUGCAAGAUGCAAACUUCUUCCCCCCUCAAAGAGGUUGAGGCUGGAGGCUCAGAGGGUUUUGAAGGAGCGAGUUCAGGAUAUUGCUGAUAAAAAGGGGAUCAAACUUAGAUUCUGCACACUAAAGGAAUGUGAGAGUCAUAUCCAUUCAAUUGAUAGUCCUUGUGCUAACACAAGAAUGGAGAUUGGUUGGCCUCCAGGGGUUCCAUUUGUUCAUCCCCAUGAUCUUCCAAACAAGGCAAAGCUUGGAUUUCUUGAAACAUACGAACCUGGUUGGUCAGCCACUCAUGAUAUGGAGUUAAGUCUGAUAGAUUCUGGACAGACUAGUCAACACCACCCAGCAAAUUGUGCAUGAAGGAUUGAAUGACUGACUUCCCACAGUACAAGAAUAUACCUCCAAUGGAGAAUUAUAAAAGCUUCGACUUUCAUCCUCGUACAAGACACUUAAAAGCAGUUGGUAGUGAACUUCUCUCUCCUUUGGCUAAUUACAGAGCAUAAAAUUUAUUUCCCUUUUCUUCAUUUUUUUUCUUUCCUUUUUGUUUAGGUAGAAGCAUCUCUUCAGCAUUUACCUUUGUAAACACUUGAAAAUACAUAUACUAUGAUUGGCUUGUCAUGAUAUGUUUAUUUGCCAAAAAAAGGGUCGAUUUAACAUCUAUUAACAUAAAAGGAUAUGUUUUCCUUCAAGGUAGAUAGAGAUGUCUUGGUUGUCUGGAUAUUAGGAAUUCAAACUCUUUUCAUCGGAAGAUUGCACCAGGAUCACUUAAGGAGUUGUUUGAAAUUUUGAUGUCAAUUGCCAAUUCAAAUGCAGAAAGGAGAACAGAGAAGCUAUGGUUGAAUGCAUUUUGUGGAAUAUUUGACUUGAAAAUGACGAAAGGGUUUUUGUUAACUUGGC